AUGAUGAUGCCUCUUGACCCUGCAUUUUCAAUUCCAUCUAAUAAAAGAAUAAAGAAUGAAAUUUAUACUGGAUAUACAAAUGCAAUUAAAGAAUUAAAGAUAUUACUUGAAAAUACUUGUGAAUUUACUUCUUUGACAACUAACCUUUGGAUAGCCAAAAGUAAACAUAGAAUAUUUUAUGCAACUUUGUCAAUUAUUUAUCCUUUGAUUCAAGUCCUCAAGUUUAAAUAUGCUGAAAAUGGUGAAAAUAAUAAUGAAGAUUCAGAAAUAGAACAAG